AUGGCCUGGAGUGACCUGCAAGACCGCCCCCUCGCAAACAGUGACCUGACCUCGUUCACGGAUAGGAGCAGCUUCGUCCAGGACAGACACAGGAAUACCUCUGACUGUAACCUAAUACGUGUAAGAUUCACAGAUAAAAAAAAUCGGGACAGACGGUGGGUCUUGGGACUAUCCUGGGAAAUAUUUCUCUAUCAGCGCCCAAUAUUUGGCACUAUAAUACAGUUUAAAGUAAGAGUUUCUCCCAUCUCAGAGGCCGGCUCCUUUCUCAUUAGAGAGAGUGAAACCAGCAUAGGUGCCUUCUCCCUGUCUGUGAAGGAUGUCACUGCCCAGGGGGAAAUAGUCAAGCACUAUAAGAGCCUCCUGGAAAAAGGGGGCUACUACAUCUCCCUCCGGGCCACCUUCCCCUCGCUCCAGGCCCUGGUGCAGCACUACUGCAAGAAAGGGGAUGCUUUGUGCCAGAGGCUGACCGUGCCCUGCGUGAGCCUCGCUCCUCAAAACCCUUGGGCCCAGGACGAGUGGGAGAUCCCGCGGCCGUGUCUCAGGCUGGUCAGGAAACUCAGAUCGGGGCAGUUUGGCGAAGUCUGGAUGGGGUACUACAGAAACAAUGUGAAGGUGGCCAUCCAGACCUUGAAUGAGGGAAGGAUGUCUCCGGAAGCCUUCCUGGGUGAGGCCAUCCUGAUGAAGACUCUGCAGCACGAGAGGCAGGUCCGGCUCUACGCCGUGGUCACCAAGGAGCCCGUCUAUAUUGUCAUCGAGUACAUGGCCAGAGGGUGCCUGCUGGACUUCCUGAAGACAGACGACGGUGGCAGACUGUCCCUCCCGAGACUGAUCGACAUGUCAGCCCAGAUCGCCGAAGGGAUGGCGUAUGAGCACAUGAAUUCUAUCCACCACGACCUAUGGGCAGCCAACAUCCUGGUGUCUGAGACCUUGUGUUGCAAAAUCGCUGACAUCGGUUUGGCUAGGAUCAUCGACAGUGAAUACACUGCCCAGGAGGGUGAGCAGAGCCCCACAACUGCAGGGGAGACCUUGGGCCUUACCUCCCCGACUCCCCAAAGCCUCUUGACAUUACAUGGUACGGCCCCGUGUGCAGAGACCUGA